CCCGUGUUUCCUCCAGUAACCCAUGUCUGUGUGCAUCCCGCCUCCCUGCGCUCUCAAUAGAUGGUGCAAGUCAAAAUGUCCAAAUCGCCCGUAGACCCUCUGUCUGCUGUGGAAACCGGCUCUCAGUCGCACUAUUUUCAGCUGCCCAGGAAGUUGCCUAAACGGAAGAGCCGCUUCAAACGCUCAGAUGGCAGCACGUCUUCUGACACAACAUCCAGCUUCAUCAAACGGCAGGGGUCGGCUGAUUCAUAUACCAGUAGACCGUCGGAUUCAGACCUGUCAGCAGAGGAGGACCGCGAGGCGUAUCGGCGUGAAGCCGAGCGCCAGGCACAGCUGCAGCUCGACAGAGCUAAGUCCAAACCUGUAGCGUUUGCAGUAAAGACGAAUGUGAGUUACUGUGGAGCUCUAGAUGAGGACUGUCCUGUCCAAGGAGCUGCAGUCAAUUUUGAUGCCAAAGACUUCCUGCACAUCAAAGAAAAGUACAAUAAUGACUGGUGGAUCGGCCGGCUAGUAAAGGAGGGAGCAGACAUCACCUUCAUCCCCAGCCCUCUACGACUGGAGGCCAUGAGACUCAAACAGGAGCAGAAACAGAGGAAAACAGGGGGUAAUUCCUCCAGUUUAGGUGACAUGGUGACUGGGAGCUGGAGGACCACACCGCCAUCUGCAGGUGAAUCCAAACAGAAGCAAAAACAGGAACAUGUCCCGCCCUACGACGUGGUGCCCUCUAUGAGGCCGGUGGUCCUCGUGGGACCAUCGCUGAAGGGCUAUGAGGUGACGGAUAUGAUGCAGAAAGCUCUUUUUGACUUCCUGAAACACAGAUUUGAGGGACGAAUCUCAAUCACCCGUGUAACUGCCGACCUGUCUUUAGCCAAGAGAUCUGUCCUCAACAAAAGACCCAUAAUGGAGAGAUCCAAUACUCGCUCCAGUCUAGCGGAGGUUCAGAGUGAGAUUGAGAGGAUAUUUGAACUUGCCAAAACCCUGCAGCUGGUGGUUCUGGACGCGGACACCAUCAACCAUCCUGCACAGCUCGCCAAAACCUCCCUCGCACCCAUCAUUGUCUAUGUUAAAGUUUCCUCACCAAAGGUGCUCCAGAGGCUGAUCAAAUCCAGGGGGAAGUCUCAGAGCAAGCACCUGAAUGUGCAGAUGAUGGCUGCAGACAAACUCUCUCAGUGCCCCCCUGAUAUGUUUGAUGUCAUUUUGGAUGAAAACCAGCUGGAAGAUGCUUGUGAGCAUUUGGCUGAAUAUCUGGAAAUCUACUGGCGUGCCACUCACCUCCCAGGAAAUACCCCUCUUAAUCCCUUAUUGGAGCAGAGUCUGAUGACCCCGCCUUCUGCCAUCUCUAGCCUACAGAACAAGAACCAGCCGCAGCCUCAUGAGGCGGGGGGUUUGGAGGGUGACGAGGAGGAAGAGGCUGGCGAGGAGGCCCACUCCCCCUUGGAGCAGGACAGUCUUAUGCCGUCCGACGAGGCCAGUGACUCCCUGUCUCGCGGCCAGAGGGGGAGUCCAUGCCACAGGGGGGGUGAGGAGGACGAGGAGGAGGAGGAGGAGGAAGAAGAGGAAGAAGAGGAAGAGGAGGAGGAUGAGUAUGCCUCCCCCUGCCAUGCUCGCACAUACAGGGACAUGUACCCCCCUCACCGUGGGCACACAGGCAAUGCCCACAGUGCCAACGGGCACGAGUCACAAGACAGGCUGCUCCAACGCGAAGCUCAGCAAGGUCACAACCAGAGGAACAACCGCCAGCGCAGCCGCCCCUGGCCCCGAGACAACUACUGAGGAACAAGGCCCCCCCCCCACACCUCCCCUCAGCCUCCAGAUCAGUAUCAAGAUCAUCCCAAGCCCUCCGACUGUUGAACUGUCCCAAACACAACGUUUAGAGAUGAAAAAACAUUCCCAAAAUCAGCUCCAGACUUUUAGCAUCAAUCAGACACAGAUGUCCAGUUUAUUAAGCAGACGAUUGUAUGUAUUUAAUUUUUACAAUCUCUCUCUUCCAGACUCCCAGUUUUAAUUUAUUUAAACCAAGGGGAUGUAAUGACCUCUCCAGGGUCAAGUCAUUCAGAUAAAAGUCAACAGGGCUACUCACCUCUGCAAUGGAAAGGUUUCAGGCUACCAGCUGUACGCAAACUCAAACUUUAGCUGCUUUGCCUAAGGUUUCUCUAUUGUAGGAUGUCUCAUAUACUGGCCUUAAAAUUCCUAAGACUUUUAACUAUCUUUACUAUUGCAUGUACGAGUAUAAUUAUUUUAAGACUAUUUGCACAUUAACGUCAGAACAGGAACUGAAUGAUCUUUAUAGAUAAACUAAUGUAGGAAUGUCUACUGUUGAAUUAAUUUAUGGGGAUUAGUAAUGCAUUUGAUUACAAUGUAUAUACUGAAUGGGCACCUGGUUUUGUUUCAUUGCUACUUUAUUUAUUGAUUUGUUUGAUUAUGUUAAUAUGGACUUGUUUGCAGUUUCAGAGAGAUGUUGCAAUCCGUGUGUUGUCAGUUUUUACUCUGAAGACGGUGAAUGGCGUUUGGGAGACACACAUACAGUUUAUCAUUCUGUAAACGCUCACAAUGUAAGUAUGAAGCUGCAGUACAGCGUCAGUGUCACUUGUCUUUGCUGUUGCACAAUCACUCUUUGAACACCACUGAAAAGCUAAAAAAAAAAAAAAAAAAAAAAAAAAACAGGCACAGAGAAUGUAAACACAACUAAGAAAGGGAAUGUUAUCUUUUAAAGGGUGAAUUAUUUGCCAAACUGCUUGUUUACAUCGAGUCAUUCACAUAUUUCAAGCACAUGCUGCACAGCUGCAGCUCCUCUUCAGAUCCAGGCUUCAGAGAAUGUAAGCUUGCAUGCCUUUUGCACCUCCAGCACCACCUGGUGUCUCCGACCCAACCGAUCGCCCUGUAAUUCGAUUGUAGCACGUUACUGAUUGUAGCAUCCACAGUUUCUACACCUAAACUCACCCCUCCCCUCCCCUUGUUCGUCUCUGCCAAACAUUGUGUUAGGUUUUGUGUACUGCAGUUUUACCGCUGGUUUUUACCAAGGCAGAUCCUCAGGUGUAAGUCCUACACACUCAUCCCGCUCAACUUCAUGUAACAAAUGUGUCGUGCUCCCGAAGAACUCGUAGCACCCAUGACACGAUGUCAUUCUGUUCCUGCACCAUUUUUAGUCCAUGAGCCGAUGACGAGUUGGACGUGAUGCUGACGAGCAGCGACCUGCUUCUGUUCACACAACAGGGUCGAUACUGUCACAGCCUGCUUUAGGAGUUACUGGUUUACUGCUUCCAUGUCUCACAGGUAUCUCUAUCUAGUGUUCUGUAUAUUUUGAAGAGAAAAAAAAAAAAAAAAAAAUCAGCAUGGUUGAAAAAAAAAAAAAAGAAAAAAAAUCUAUGCAAGUGUUGCAUGAAAUCUGAUUGUUUCUUUUUACAGUUAAGUAUUUUAGUAAAGCAUUGAUUCUGAUUCUCCUUGUUGUCUUGUAGUGAUAGUCUUGUCUUUGAGGCUACUCACUCCUCACCACUAACGACACUAUUACGAAAAAUAAGAACGCAUCAGUUUAUUUAUCCACAAACCUUGAUAUUGGGGAUAUUUUUCCACAAUACUGGGUUGACACUGUUUGACGCACUUUUAAAAGUCACUCACUAAAACUUGCCCCAGAUCAGGCCUAUGUUUUUUUGUUUGUUUUUUUUCAUUUGUGAUAAAAAAAAAAGGAAUGAGUGGAUUAUUAAAGCCCUGCAUGUCUUAGUUCACCAAUUAGCUAUUUUCAUUAUAUUUUGGCAGAGUAUGUUUUUCAAAGCGGACCAAUUUAGCAACUGAUACAGCAGUUGAGGUUUUUCAAUUUAUGAAGCACAAUUUUUACAAGGGUUAUAAUUUAGUUUCCUGUCUUAUUCUGUAUGCAAUACUAAGCCUAACAUUGAAAAACUUUAAACGCCUUAGACCAUCUGGACUUCCUCUUUUGUGUGAGUAGAAAAAAAAAAAUUGCACUACGUUUUUUUUUUUGGGAUGGUUGCUUUGUAAUGCAAUAACUGCACUAAAUAUAACAAUGUACCCACCAGACUACCACAGCGUGCUAGCGUGACCCAACACGCCUCUUCCCUCUAUUUAUCAGAAGCGACAGCAAAUGUGUAAAAAGUGAGACAUUUCCUGCCUGAUGCUGUAUAGAAUGCUUUCUAUUUGAAAAUAGAUUUACAAUGCUGAGUAAAAUAUGACUAAAUAAAAUAAACAUGACAUUUUAUGUACUUUUAA